AUGGGUGCCUUUUCUACCUAUUUAAGAAGUUUAAAGGACUCCCAAAAAAGAGGAAGGGUGCCGGGAAAGAUUGAUCACAAGAUUGUGUAUUGGAGGCAGGGAAGAAUGAGAGAGAAAAUAGCUCGGCGAGUUUCUUCUGUGGACCAAAUAGGCUGGGAUGAAGCCAAACAAGAAAGAUGCAAAAAAUUCCUGAUCUUUGAGUACACAAGUUCAGAUGAAAGUGAGCUCUCCGAAGAUGAAACUGGGCCAGAUGUGAAAAGAUUUGUCACAAAGAGGUUGGCCUGGGAGGGACCAAAGCUGAGAGAACUCAAGGACGUCCUUGACCUUGCCCACAAAAGAUCAUUAAAGCCCCAUGUCAGAAAUUUCCAGACAGAAAGAGUUGUUGACGAGAGAUUCUCUUCACGAGGCCCCCCUCCAGAUGCCCCUAAAUGGACCUUAAAGAGUGGUUUUUCUCCAGUGGCUACAAGCACACCUGCACGGGGAAGACAGUAA